CUGACUUGACUCUGGUUGCACGGUGGGUGUCCCAGAGACAGACUCAUGCACAGCCUGGAGAUCCGGGAGCGGAGCGCUUGAAGUGUAGCGCCCGACAGCAGCGCACACCCAUCGGCUUUCAGGUAGAGGUGAAAGCACGGAAAGGACGGAGGAGACGAACAACAUCCAAGAUGGCCCUAGCCAGAGAUCCAGGAGCGGGCCAGGAGCACAAAGAUGCAGCCGACCAAAACUUUGACUACAUGUUUAAGCUGCUGAUCAUCGGCAACAGCAGCGUGGGAAAGACCUCCUUCCUGUUCCGCUUUGCAGAUGACUCCUUCACUUCAGCCUUUGUCAGCACCGUGGGCAUCGACUUCAAAGUCAAGACCGUCUACAGGAACGACAAGAGGGUCAAACUUCAGAUCUGGGACACAGCAGGGCAGGAGCGCUACCGGACUAUCACUACAGCUUACUACAGAGGAGCCAUGGGGUUCCUGCUCAUGUAUGAUAUCACAAGCCAGGAGUCUUUCUGUGCUGUGCAGGACUGGGCAACCCAGAUAAAGACGUACUCGUGGGGAAACGCUCAAGUAGUGCUGAUUGGCAAUAAGCUGGACAUGGAGGAGGACAGGCAGGUCCCCACUGAAGAUGCUCAAAGACUGGCUACAGACCUCGGCUUCCAGUUCUUUGAGGCCAGUGCCAAAGACAACAUCAACGUGAAGCAGGUUUUUGACAAGCUGGUAGACGUCAUUUGCGAGAAGAUGAACGAGAGCGUCAACGGUGAUGCCAGUCCGUCAGCCAAUCACAAGGAGGCCGGACUAAAGGAGACGCCCAACAGCAGCCCAGGUGGCUGCGCAUGCUGACGGCUCGCAAUGGAAAUUCAUAAAAAAGCGGGUUUAAUAGUCACACACACAGAUUAACUGAGUUGUCAAAAGUCUAUCAUUGUGAAUGUAGUUAUUCAUGUUACUGCAAUAAUAUCAUGGAUGCUUAGCUCUUUUUUUUUUUUUUCACAACUUGGUGACGACUCCAGCUUCAUUGUAAUUUGAAUGUGACUGUUACACUGAGAUGCCAAAGAGCUGCACUGAGCAGCCGUGCCUAUUGCCUGACACCUCUGCUUUAUUAUUUCUUGUUAAGUGGGUGAACAGCAUCUGUUGCAGGUCAGGAUAUGAAUGUAAGGCAUGAGCAAAAUCAGCAUGGUGUGUGGAUCACUGUGAUUUACUUGAGUCAUGCUACCCCCUUGUGGGUGAUGCGUGAACAUGCAUCCCUGUGACUCGUUACCACACACUGUAUCCUGUGAACUUGUAAUUCUGCCGCCAACGGUUCAGUACAAAUUCAUACAUACCUGAAAGGUGCUGUGUCAUUCCAGGUCUAUAUGCGCAGUCCAGGCUUGUUAUUACUAAGGGAUAUUCUUGUUUGCUUUUAAUUUAUAUUUUUGAGUUUUUUUCUUUUUGUAUCUUUAAUGGUAAUGUUAAUUCAGUAUUUCCUUUUCCAGGUGUAUUGUGUCUCUAAAAGUGGGGAUUAAAAGAUCUGGAUCUAUA